GCCCUAGGGCGCCGCCUUGCGCGGGGGCGGGGACAGAGGCAGCGGGGCCGGGUCAGGUGACGGCGGGGCGGGCCGAGCGGCGACAGCUGCAGCGGGACCGGAGCUGCGGGGGUCCCCGCCACCGCCACCGCCAUGUCGGGCAAGGACCGCAUCGAGAUCUUCCCCUCGCGGAUGGCUCAGACCAUCAUGAAGGCUCGUUUGAAAGGAGCACAAACAGGUCGUAACCUCUUGAAGAAAAAAUCUGAUGCUUUGACACUUCGAUUCAGGCAGAUCCUUAAGAAAAUUAUUGAGACUAAGAUGCUGAUGGGUGAAGUGAUGAGAGAAGCUGCCUUUUCACUUGCUGAAGCAAAGUUUACAGCAGGAGAUUUCAGUACCACUGUGAUCCAGAAUGUGAACAAAGCUCAGGUCAAGGUCAGAGCUAAAAAAGACAAUGUAGCAGGUGUAACCUUGCCAGUUUUUGAGCAUUACCAGGAAGGAGGGGACAGCUAUGAGCUGACUGGCUUGGCCAGAGGUGGAGAACAGCUGGCUAAGCUGAAGAGGAACUAUGCCAAAGCUGUGGAGCUGCUUGUGGAACUGGCCUCUUUACAGACAUCCUUUGUUACUUUGGAUGAAGCCAUUAAAAUAACAAACAGACGUGUGAAUGCAAUUGAGCAUGUGAUUAUUCCCAGGAUUGAGCGUACUCUCUCUUACAUCAUUACAGAACUGGAUGAACGAGAACGAGAGGAAUUCUACAGGUUAAAGAAGAUCCAGGAAAAGAAAAAAGUAUUGAAAGAAAAAACAGAGAAAGAACGGGAGCUGCGGAGGGCUGCGGGUGGGGAGCAGGAACCAGCCAGUCUCUUAGCAGAAGAGAAGGAUGAAGACCUUCUCUUUGAGUAGCCCAGCACAGGUGCUGUAUAUGGGGCAGGGGAGCCAGGAUACACAAUGUCUGUCCAAUUGCAAUAUAAUUCAGGACAUGCUGCCUCAACAAUACUUACGUAGCUUCUAAGGUGGUGUGUAAGUGUUGAGUUCAGUGGAUUGUGGAUUUCUCCUGGGAGAUUAGAAACCUGGGACCUGGACUGCAAUAUAGGAGGAAAAGGAGACACAGUCAGGUGCUUUACUGUCAGCAAAACUUUCUGUUGUGGGCUCAGCCUGUUUCUUCACUUAGUAGGAAUGACUGUCCCUAGCUGUGGUUUUUGCAGGUUGUGUCUAAAUUUGCCUAAUCAGAUUCCUUUUUAAUUGUUCCCCUUCCUUGUGCACGGAGAGCACAAUGUUACUUAGGGAGGGGGAUGCACGUAUUGUUCUUUACUGCUGAAGUAUUAAUGUUCAAGUUGCUCAAGGCAGGUAUUGGGAUAGCUUGAGUCAAAUGUCCGUAAAAGCAAGUCUAGUUUUCUAACCUGUUGAUGAAAUCCACAGUCCUAUGUGAAUUUUGUUGCACAGUUGCUAUCAUUGGCCUAAAACAUCUACAGUUCUAAUUAGAGGUUCUGCUAACUUGUGUACUGUCUGUGCUAGAAACAAGUAAAAGUUUUAAAUGUUAA